UGGUUCAGAGUUUGAUGAAGUGAAGCCUGCAGACACACCAGACUCAGAAAGCAGCGUCUCUGGGCUCAUUUACUGGUUAAGGAUGAGACUUUUAAUCAUCAUGUGAAGCUUGUUUACCAGAGAGACCUCGUCAGGACACAAAAGAGCCGCUGCAAUGACAGACAUUAACAGGAAAAACUCAAGUGGAGCGGCAUGUUCCAACAGGAAAAGGAUCCCUCAGAAGAAACCAGAGUCCUCUGAACCCAGCUGUGUGUCCAUGAAGAGUGACCGCUCAAAGGCCGAACCCCUCACAUUCAAAGAUGGACAGAAGAUCCGGGAAGGACCAGAUCAACCCAGCUGUGUGUCCAUGAAGAGUGACCGCUCAAAGGCCGAACCUCUCACAUUCAAAGAUGGACACCCUCCUUCUGGACAUAAGAUCCAUCAGAAGAGACCAGAGUCCUCUGAACCCAGCUGUGUGUCCAUGAAGAGUGACCGCUCAAAGGCCGAACCUCUCACAUUCAAAGAUGGACACCCUCCUUCUGGACAUAAGAUCCAUCGGAAGAGACCAGAGUCCUCUGAACCCAGCUGUGUGUCCAUGAAGAGUGACCGCUCAAAGGCCGAACCUCUCACAUUCAAAGAUGGACACCCUCCUUCUGGACAUAAAGACAGAGAGUCUGAAGGUGUUCAGUCGGACCAGAAACAUCAACCAGACCUGGUGUCCAUAUUUAUAUUGCUUGAAGAGAACAUUGUUACCUUCGUGAAGAACGAGCUGAAGAGGAUUCAGAGGGUUCUGAGUCCAGAUUUCCCAGAUUGUUUAGAGGAUGAGGAGAUGGGAGACAGUAAGGAUAGCAGAGCGUCGUUCCUGGAGAUCACAAUGCACUUCCUGAGGGGAAUGAAGGAGGAGGAACUGGCCAAUUCUCUGCAGCGCAAAACUCACGCAGUCAUCUGUCAGCGUAAACUCAAAUGUAAUCUGGAGAAUAAGUUCCAGUUUUUGUUCGAGGGAGUUGCUAAAGGAGGAAACCCAACCCUUCUAAACCAGAUCUACACAGAGCUCUUCAUCGCAGAGGGAGGGACUGGAGAAGUUAAUGAUGAACAUGAGAUCAGACAGAUUGAAACAGCAUCCAGGAAAGCAGCCGCAGCAGAAACAACAAUCAGAUGUGAAGACAUCUUUAAACCCUCACCUGGAAGAGACAAACCAAUCAGAACAGUGAUGACAAAGGGAGUGGCUGGCAUUGGGAAAACAGUCUUAACACAGAAGUUCACUCUGGACUGGGCUGAAGACAAAGCCAACCAGGACAUACAGUUCACAUUUCCAUUCACUUUCAGAGGGCUGAAUUUGUUGAAAAAGAAAAAGUUCAGCUUGGUGGAACUUGUUCAUCACUUCUUUACUGAAACCAAAGAAGCAGGAAUAUGCAGGUUUGAAGAGUUUCAGGUUGUGUUCAUCUUUGAUGGUCUGGAUGAGUGUCGACUUCCCUUGGAUUUCGCUCACAAUAAAAUCCUGACUGAUGCUACAAAGUCCACCUCAGUGGAUGUGCUACUAACAAACCUCAUCAGGGGGAAACUGCUUCCCUCUGCUCACCUCUGGAUAACCACACGACCUGCAGCAGCCAAUCAGAUCCCUCCUGAGUGUGUUGACAUGGUGACAGAGGUCAGAGGGUUCAAUGAUACACAGAAGGAGGAGUACUUCAGGAAGAGAUUCAAAGAUGAGAAGCUGACAAGCCGAAUCAAGUCCCACUUUGUGACAUCCCGAAGCCUCUACAUCAUGUGCCACAUCCCCGUCUUCUGCUGGAUCACUGCUACAGUUCUGGAGGAUGUGUUGAAAACCAGAAAGGGGGUUGAGCUACCUGAGACCCUGACUGAGAUGUACAUCCACUUCCUGGUGGUUCAGUCCAAACUGAAGAACAUCAAGUAUGAUGGAGGAGCUGAGACAGAUCCACACUGGAAUCCAAACACUGUGGUGAUGAUUUUGUCUCUGGGAAAACUGGCCUUUGAGCAGUUACUGAAAGGUAACCUGAUCUUCUAUGAAUCAGACCUGACAGAGUGUGGCAUCAAUAUCAGAGCAGCCUCAGUGUACUCAGGAGUGCUCACGCAGAUCUUUAAAGAGGAGAGUGGACUGUACCAGGACAAGGUCUUCUGCUUCGUCCAUCUGAGUGUUCAGGAGUUUCUGGCUGCUCUUCAUGUCCAUCUGACAUUCAUCAACUCUGGAGUCAACCUACUGUCUGAGGCCAAGUCAAGAUCCAAAUGGAUCCUAUUCAAGGAUACAUCUCCAAACCUCUACCAGAGUGCUGUUGACAUGGCCUUGCAGAGUCCAAAUGGACACCUGGACCUCUUCCUCCGCUUCCUGCUGGGUCUUUCAUUGAAAACUAAUCAGGCUCUUCUACGAGGUCUGCAAACACUUAAAGGAAGUAACUCACAGACAAACCAGAAAGCAGUCCAAUACAUCAAGAAGAUGAUCAAGAAGAAUCUCUCUCCACAGAGAAGCAUCAAUCUGUUCCACUGCCUGAAUGAGCUUAAGGACCAUUCUCUAGUGGAGGAGAUCCAACAGUACCUGCUUUCAGGGCAUUUCUCACCACAUAAUCUAUCUCCUGCUCACUGGUCAGCUCUGGUCUUCAUCUUACUCUCAUCAGAAAAAGAUCUUGACGUGUUUGACCUGAAUAAAUACUCUGCUUCGGAGGAGGGUUUUCGAAGGCUGCUGCCAGUGAUCAGAUCAUCUAACAAAUCUCUGCUGAGUGGCUGUAACCUGUCAGAGACAAGCUGUACAGUCCUGGCAACAAUGCUCAGCUCCCAGGCCUGUAGUUUGACAGAGCUAGACCUGAGUAACAACGACCUGCUUGAUUCAGGAGUGAUGUUGCUCUGUCCUGGACUGAAGAGUCCAAAUUGUAGACUGGAAACCUUGAGGUUGAAUCAAACUCGUCUCACAAAUGAAUGCUGUGUGGAGCUCUCAUCAGUCCUCAGCUCAGAGUCCUCCAGUCUGAGAAGGUUGAACUUGAGUCACAACAACCUGCUGGAUUCAGGAGUGAAGCUGCUCUGUGCUGGAUUGGGCAGUCCGUUCUGUAAACUGGAAGUUCUCAGGCUGAUUGACUGCGGCCUGUCAGAGAAAAGCUGUGGCUUCUUGUCUUCAGUUCUCAGCUCCUGCUCGUCCAGUCUGCAAGAGCUGGACCUGAGUAUCAACGUUGUGAGGGAUUCAGGAGUGAGGCUAAUCUCAGCUGGUCUACAGAGUCUUAACUGGAAACUGGAAACUCUCAGGUUGAGUUGCUGUGGUUUGUCAGAGGAAAGCUGCAGAGUUCUGGCUUCAGCACUCCACUCUCAGUCCUCUUGUCUGAGAGAACUUGAUCUAAGUAACAACGACCUGCAGGAUUCAGGGGUGAUGCAGCUCUCCACUGAACUGGGAAGUCCUCACUGUCGACUGAAAACACUCAGUCUGUCGGGCUGUCAGGUAACAGAGAAAGGCUGUGCUUCUCUGGCUUCAGCUCUGAGCUUCAAAACCAGUUUGAGAAAGCUUGACCUGAGCUACAAUCAUCCAGGAGACUCAGGAGUAAAGCAGCUGUCUGCUAGACUUCAGGACCCACUCUGCAGACUGGAGAUUCUCAGGAUAGACAAUGGAGGAGCCCAGAGGCUGAAACCACUUCUGAGGAAGUAUGCCUGCUAUCUCACAAUGAACCCAGACACAGCCCAUCUUGACAUUGAUCUGUCUGAAGACAACAGGGUGGUGAAGGGGCUAAUACAUCGGAAAAAGCCAGAUGAAUAUUUGUAUGCUGAACCAGAGAGGUUUAAUCACUGGACCCAGGUGCUGUGUAGAAAUGGUCUGACUGGACGCUGUUACUGGGAGGUUGAGUGGCGUAGAUAUGUUUCUAUAGGGGUAACUUACAAAGGAAUCAUGAGAAAGGGUAAUUAUAUUGCCUGCUGGCUUGGAGGGAGUAACAUGUCCUGGACCUUGGUCUGCUCUGACGACAAAUACUCCGCCUGGCACAAUAACAAAGUAAUCGAGGUAGAGGUUUCUCCCUCUGUCUCUCGCAGAGUUGGAGUGUUUCUGGACUGGGAUGCUGGUAUUCUGUCCUUCUACAGAGUGUCCUCUGACACAAUGCUCCACCUCCACACCUUCCACUGCACAUUCACUGAACCUCUCUAUCCAGCUUUUGGGUUCUGGUUUAAAGAGAUGUUUUGCUCCUCAGUAUCUUUGUGUGAGCUGUAGGAAAGAGAGUUACCUCUCUAUGGCAAGUCAGUGCUAACCAACCACUGCUGACAGGCUUGUUUGAUACACAUGUACAUGUACAUAUAUACUGUUUGAUAAUAUAUAUACCAACCAGAGGUGGACUCAGUGAAACUCAAAAAUAUGCCACAAAAGUGCCCUUCCAGGGGGAGAAAAUGUAAUGUAAAUGUAAAUGUAAUGUCCAGUGGACAAAACAAGAUUCAAGUGCAUUAUACGGUUCUUUUUCAGUGGAUAAAAUGUGGUGAAGUGCCCUUUCACAGGAAAGUUGGUUCACCAUAAAUGCAUCACUGCAUGCUGGUGCCCUUUUUUAUUUUUAUUUGCCAACACAGCUAUAUGACAGAGGAUAUUUUUUAUUUUUAUAACUUUUUAUUUUACGCACUAGGGGGAGCCAGAGGAAACUGAUUUGGUCACAGAUUAUCAGGAUACAGUGAACGUUUCAGCGAUUUACCUACUGCAGCUUUAAGUACUAACAUUAUUUUGUAUAAUUUUGUUCAGAUACAAAAAUGAAGUGGUCGUGUUAUGAUUUAGGACUUGAAACUCAAAGUGUAGGACUUGGGACUUGCGUGCAAAGACUUUGAUACUAAUAAAAACAAUGACGUGGCCCCAUCUUUGGUAUUUACAGAAGGUGGUUCACAACAUUUGUGCCAUGCUCAUUUACUCAACUUUCACAUCCUCUGUUCUUUAAUGUGAUGUUGAAUCCACAAUUGGUGGUUAAAGUGUUGCUGACUAAUGACUGGCUCUUUAUUUUGAGAGAUUGUUGUACUGUGUUGCUCUGAUUAUGAUCUCAAGGCUCUGUUAUUAAAGGGCUUUCUGUGCAA